UUCCUCUCCGGCCCUCUCCGCUGCUGCUCCCUGGGGCUAGGGGCUAGGAGACCCAGACAAAGCCCCACUUUGUGAGGGAGGCAGGCUUGGAAUGUGCGCGGCGGCGCGCACCCUCUCCCCGUCCCACCAGCUUCGAGUCUUAGCUACCGGGAGGGUCGCGACAGAGAAGUCACCUCGAGCAUCGCCCCUCUACCCUUGCAUCCCCGGCCCCCGUGAUCCAGACUUGGAGCUCACGCGGGCCCCCUCCGCUCGCGCCAGUGUGAGUGAGCGAGGAUUUCGUAGAGGAAUUUGUUCUCUCCAAAACUGGGAGUGGGCACCGGUGCCUUGGCCCGCCUUUUUGGUGUAGCUGCAGGUCUGAGCUGUCUAGCCUCAGUCUCCCUACCCCGGCCCCCACUUUUCUCCUCUCAGCCAUCCUAGAUUGCUGUGGGUCAUUGUUCUCGCUGCCAAAUGGGGGCGAUUUGUACAGGCUGCCAAGUUGGGGUGUGUUCUCUUUAUCCUGUUUUCCAAACAAAACAAGGCCUCUAAGGCCAACCCUGGGCAACCCACCUGGCCAUCACUUCAGGUUGAUGCUCUGAGUCCUUACCAAAUGGUCUUUUAUUGUACAGGAGCCACGCCCUGGUUUCUUAAAGGUGCCAGGCACUGUUUGACCAUGUGUUAUCUUUAUAGCGGGUGUGUGGGAGGCCUCCUGUGAGGCACUUAUUUCCCCCCCCUCCUCCCUGACCAUCCUCCCACCCCCGUUGAGGAUUUAGGAAUGCCAGGAGGAAAGAAGGUGGUCCCAAGUGGCAGCAGCAGUGCCUCCCCGAACGCAGCCGCCGCCACCGCUGCUGCUGCUGCUGCCCACUCUGGCAUUAAACGUUUGGAGACCACCGAAGGGGCCUCAGCACAGAGAGACGAGGAACCCGAAGAGGAAGGGGAAGAGGACCUACGAGAUGGAGGUGUCCCUUUUUUCAUCAACCGAGGUGGACUGCCAGUGGACGAGGCCACCUGGGAAAGGAUGUGGAAACAUGUGGCCAAGAUCCACCCAGAUGGAGAGAAAGUGGCCCUGCGGAUCCGUGGGGCCACCGACCUGCCCAAGAUCCCCAUACCAAGUGUGCCUACUUUCCAGCCGACAACGCCCAUCCCUGAGCGCCUGGAAGCCGUGCAGCGCUACAUCAGGGAACUGCAGUACAAUCACACAGGGACACAGUUCUUUGAAAUUAAGAAGAGCAGACCUCUGACAGGGCUGAUGGACCUGGCCAAGGAAAUGACCAAAGAGGCUCUGCCAAUCAAAUGCCUGGAAGCUGUGAUCCUGGGAAUUUACCUCACCAACAGCAUGCCCACCCUGGAACGCUUCCCCAUCAGCUUCAAGACCUAUUUCUCAGGGAACUACUUCCGCCACAUUGUGCUGGGGGUGAACUUUGGGGGCCGCUACGGAGCCCUGGGCAUGAGCCGAAGGGAAGACCUGAUGUACAAACCCCCAGCCUUCCGCACGCUCAGUGAGCUCGUGCUGGACUACGAAGCAGCCUAUGGCCGCUGCUGGCAUGUGCUGAAGAAGGUAAAGCUGGGUCAGUGUGUCUCCCACGACCCCCACAGUGUGGAACAGAUCGAGUGGAAGCACUCAGUGCUGGAUGUGGAGAGGCUGGGGCGGGAAGACUUCCGCAAGGAGCUGGAGCGUCAUGCCCGAGACAUGCGUCUCAAGAUUGGCAAGGGGACAGGCCCUCCUUCUCCCACCAAGGACCGGAAGAAGGAUGUUUCCUCCCCACAGAGGGCCCAGUCCAGCCCCCAUCGCAGGAACAGCCGCAGUGAGAGACGGCCUUCAGGGGAGAAGAAGCCUGCAGAGCCGAAAGCCAUGCCAGACCUCAGUGGGUACCAGAUCCGGGUGUGAGGCAGAUGCCAGCAUCCCCAGGCCUCCUCUGCUUCUGGAGGCCGAGACCCACCUGCACGAAAGAACCUACUUCAUUCAGGCAGGGGCUGGUGAUGGGGCAGGCUUGGGGUGGGAGGCAAGAAGGAUGUCUUGCCAUUCAGCCCCAGGUGACCUCCCCUCCCAUGAAGCCAAGCCCCUAAUUGUGGGUCAAGAAGCAGUUAGUAUUUUAUUUGGAGUUUUAGCUCUACAACUGAAGUAUAAGGUAUGAAGGGAAAGACAAAUGGACAUGUUGGUAGCUGUCAGGGUCUGCUCCUCUCUCUCUUUCUCUCUCUGAGCACUGCGUGGCUUGGGGAGGAGGGCUGCCUGGUUCUGUGGUGCUCCUCUCAACAGUGAUCAGGGUUGGUGAGCCUCGGCUGUCAGUAGGGUGAGGGUGAGGUGGUGUAGGAAUGGAGAUAUUUUUUCAAGCUGGGCCUGUCCUGGCAGAAUUAUGACCCAGGAAAAGGGAAACAGGGUAGGCGGAGUUCUCCUGAGAAAGGUCGAUUUAUUUUUCAAAUCAGGAACUUGGCAGAAGCCACAUCUGCCUAAGGUGGACGCCUAUGGCCCAGGAGAGCCUUUUAGACAGCACUGUGCCCCACCCUCCCAAUACCCCUCUACAUCUUCACCAUGGCCAGUUUGGGAUUAGGCUACAGGAGAACCAGGAGAGGACCGUAGCAGGAAGAGUUCUGGUCCCUAGCACAUCUAUCCAGUGACUAUUGCUUGCAGAAGGGCUGGGCUUUGUAGAUUACUCAGACUUGUACUGGGGACACCAUGACCUUAAGAAACUGGCUGGGCAUGGGGUAGUUGAGUGGAGCUCUCUAGUUGUGUAGGAGUGGGCUCUUCUCUCCUCUUAUAAUCUCAGCACUUGCUGGAGAAACAGGACCAGACCGGCUGCCUAUCCCCCAGGGCGCCUUCCCUGCCUUAGCUGCCUGCUUAGGCUUGGAGUAGCAGCCAGUUUUAGCAGCUCCUUGGGACACUGACGGGGGAGCCCAGGCAAUAGGAGUUGUCUGUCCCUGGACCUGGGGCACAAGAUCCCUGGUAGGAAAGUUAGGUGUGGAGAGUGGUUGUCUGGGCUGGUGGAGGAGAGCCAGCCCUUGAGUUGGGAGUGUAAGUGAGAAGGGCUGAGGGAGGCAGUUCAGGAUGGGGCUGCAUGGGAACUGUGAGAACCGAGUUCCCUGCAGCACAGGUGGCACUUGUCAAGUUGCUGGAGGCUUCAAGUGACAGAGGGCAGCUGGAUGAGGUGACCCGUUAAGGGGCUUUACUGAGAGGUGGAGUCAGCCUGAGCAGCUGCCCAUAAAGCUGCAGAGGACUGAGGGCUGGAUUGGAAAAGUGUUAGAGACGUAGAGAGUCAAAUGCCUACAGGGCCAGCAGGUGACAAAGAAGAGGGCUGGGUGGGGACUGUGUCCCACCAAAGAGAGCUUUUCCCAUUAAAAUCGGAUGCUGCCACUGUAUUGUCCCACAGUGCAGGCCCUGAAGGGUAUUGACUUUUUUUCUUCCUUUUUUUUUUCCUUUUUUUUUGGGGGGGGGGCAGGGCUCUAAAUUAAUAUAUGAAUUGUAAUUUUUAAAAGUUUAAUCAGUUCAAGAAACGAUCACCAUAGCUGAGAGAGUACCAGUCUACAAUGUCUGGGGUAAAGAGUGACUCCUGCUGCACUGUGGGUGGAAAAUGUGACAGUUUAAAGUUUCCCAACAGCAGAAAGGACCACUUCCUGUGUUUUCCCUCCUGGCCCCAUCCUGCAGGCAGAGGCCAUGUUUGUGCUUGUUGGGUAGAGUGAGAUAGAAUGGUGAAACUCUUCCCUGCCCAGAAAUGGAUAGUAGCUAGAAUGAUGGGGAGGAGGAGGAGAAAGGAUGCCCUUGCUGGUGGCACGUGUGGCUGCUUAUCAUACCAAUAGCUCUGGUCCCAGAGCCAGGCCCACUGGGGCCCAGCACAGGAACCAUGGGAGGCUGGCUGUUUAGUCCCUUGUCUUGCCUGGUUCCUCCUGGGGUCAGGGGCCCCUUGGAAAGUGCAUAGCUUUCUCCUAGGCUACACCCCUAGCCAGACCCAUGAAAGGGACAUGACACUAUUUGAUCCAUCUCAGAGUUCAGGGAGCAGGGAUGCUAGUCCCAGUAGCUCCCAUGCCUACCUUGAGAGGUGCAAGACUGGACAAGAUCUUUUUUGGAUCUGAAUGCGGCUGCUUAUCCUUGGGAAGGCAGCCUUUUUUAUGUUCUCUGGGAACUUCAAAAUAUGACAAAAUAUGGGAGAGAGAGGUGAGAGGAAAACUGGAGUCAGGUGUAUUUGGAGAACAGCUCCAGGUCCCAGAGCCUUAGCACGGGAGCUCUGAGGCCCAGGAAAGAAAGCAGCAGGUCGAGCCCUGACUUGUUCAGGAUAUGAGGGAGCAGCUGAUGGCCAGGGUGUGCACACACCCCUGCUGUUCACCUCUCCCAAGCUAAGGGCCUCCAGCCUGUGGAGACUGUCAUAGGCUGCCAUAGGCCACAGUGGUGCUUUUUUAUUUUUAUUUUCUAUUCUUCCUCAUAUGUAGCAAGCCACCCUUCCCUCUGUGGCCAUUUACCCAGGCUGUGCUCUCUGGGGCUGGCCUGGCUGUCUGGUUUCCAGGGAGGCAGAGGCAGGGACUUUGAGGCCUUAGUCACCAUCCAUGACAUCACCUCAUCUCACUUCCUGUAAAGAGACAGGGAUCUGGCAGGUGUCUCCAGACCUCCUGACUCAGGCCUGCCUUUCAGCUUUUCUACCCCACUCUCAGGGGUUGUUGGCUGAAGAGGGUCAAGGUGAGGUCAGAGGAGGCCGGUUGGUGGAGGUGGCAUGGACAGAGGUUCCUUGUGCUUGGUAUUGGGUCAGAGAACCGUCCUCUCCAUCCAGCUACCUGCCAGUCCUUUCUCCUCCAUAGCCUCACAUUUCCAUGCUCCCCUGGCCCCUCAUGCUAGUCACCCAUCCUUAGUGGGCAUGGCCAAGUGGGCAGAGCAGCGGCCUGCUGGCCCUAGACUUGAUGAUGAAGCCUAGAGACUGGGUACUGGGGAGCAGACUCAGGAAAUUGACCGUGGCUGAUGUUAGUCCAGUCAUACCAUGCCCUGACCCCUUUCCACCUGGGAAGAUGUCCUGGCUCAGGGAAAUAGGUCUAAUGAUAGCUGUGCAAGCUUUGUGCCCUGAGGUCUGUACAUGUAUAACCCCUGGCUUUCCUGCCUGGAAUGAGUUAGGGCUUUACACAUCACCGCCCCACCCUGACAUGCUGUCUGUGGUGUUCAGGUGCAAGGAUGUGCAGGUGGGGACCAACAAGCUAGAAGGGUAAAGGGUCAUGAUAUCCUUUGAGGGAGUGUAGGUGGGAGUUAAGGAUUCAUCCAACCGGGUACUGCACCCU